AUGAUAUGGUUUUUGCGACAACGAGAGACGAAUGCACCAAUAAGUGGUUUAAUUUUAAAAGAAAAAGCCAAAUAUUUUCACGAAAAACUGUACGACAAAUAUUCCACUUUUUCUGCGAACUCGGGGUGGUUGCAACAGUUCAAGAAAAGAUUUGGCAUACGCUUCCUAACAAUAACUGGUGAAAAACUAUCUUCUCAGCCCGAGCUGGUUUCACCAUUCUUACGUAAACUUGAAGAAAAAAUCAAGGACCUAAACUUAGACUAUAACCAAGUGUACAACGCCGAUCAAACCGGCUUGUACUGGAAGCUUUUACCCGGAAAGACUUACGUAUCCAGUGAAGAAAAAACUGCCCCUGGAAGAAAAACAGCCAAAGAAAAAAUAACGUUUCUAGCAUGUACAAAUGCGACUGGACUACAUAAAUUGACUCCUUUGGUAAUAGGUAAAGCUAAAAAACCACGAAGUUUUAAGAACUCUUACAUUCCUGUACACUACAAAAACUCACAAUCUGCAUGGAUGACAGCCGGAAUUUUAAAGGAAUGGUUCAAAGAAAUUUUUGUUCCUGAGGUGAGAAAGUUUCUUAAGAAACAAGGUCUUUUUUAUUGGAUAAUGCCCCCAGUCAUCCCCCAGUAG